CCAAUGGUGCCGCGUGGGUUCAUGUGGAAGCGGGAGAUUCGAAAUUACUGAGACUGAACUUAAACGGAGUGACUUCAAAUAUGCACAGUACUCUGACCUCAGUUGCUCUCAACUCCAGAACGGAGAUUCCACUCUUGGGUUUGGGCACGUACAAGCUUCAGGGCCAUGGCCAGUUGUUCCAGUCCCUCAGCGCUGCCCUUGAUGCAGGAUACCGUUCCUUCGACACAGCUGCAGUGUAUGGCAAUGAAGGUCAUCUAGGGCAAGUGAUCAGGGAACUGCUGCCCAAGCAUGGCCUCUCACGUUCAGAUGUGUUCCUCAUCAGCAAGCUUGGACCAGCAGACCAGGGUCCAAGGGCUAGAGAGGGCUGCUUGAGAAGUCUGGAACAGUUAGGAUGUGAAUACAUAGACCUGUACUUGGUGCACUGGCCUGGGACUGUAGGUUUAGAGCCAAGUGAUCCCUUAAAUGCAGAAUAUCGAUGGCAGAGCUGGACUGUGUUGGAGGAAUUCCAUGCUAGUGGACAGUUCAAAGCCAUAGGAGUCUCCAACUACACUGCGGUGCACCUCAAGAAGCUGACUAGAAGUUGCAGAGUGCCUCCAGCAGUCGUGCAGAUGGAGUGCCACCCAAGGCUUGUCCAAAGGGAACUGAGGGACAUGUGCCAAGAGGCAGGCAUUCACUUCCAGGCCUACUCGUCUCUCGGAAAGGGCGCGCUCUUAAAGGAGCCGGAGCUGAAGGCGGUGGCUGAGGGCUGUGGCCGCACCCCAGCUCAGGUACUGCUGAGGUGGGCGGUACAGCAGGGUAUCUCUGUUCUGCCUCGCUCUUCACAGCCACAAAGGGUGCAGGAGAAUGCCAGAGUAUUUGACUUUGAGCUGAGCGAAAAGGAAAUGGACAGACUAGGUGCCCUAAACAAUGGGACGCGGUUUUGCACAAGAGAUUCAACAAAUAUUGCUUAA